UCGAUCCGCCACGCCAUCCCCGUCGAAAGGCGAGUUUAGGGUUUCAGAAAUGUCUCUAGCGUAUCGAUGUAUCACUUUGACUAGACUGGAUGAGAUGAACAGGGCGCUCACAGACUUUAAAGACUGCCGUGUCUCAGGAGGAAAAGUUCUUGUUCAUGUUUUUGUGUUUGGGACUUUUUUUCCACGGGGCACUAUUUUAUGAUAAAACAGCAACACUCGUUUACGUUGUAGUUUUAAUAAUAAAGAUAUUUUUGAGAACGCGACAAAAAAAAAUAUGUAUUGUGAUUUUGACAUUAGUUCUACAAAAAAUAAUAUAAUUUUAUUGAAAUAAAGGUAAACCUAGAAUAAAACAAGAGGAAUUAGAGUAAGGUAGAAUAAAGCAGGACUUGUUAGAUCAGUGUGUGUGAUGGUUACACAAACAGACUGUGGCCUCUGGAUAACGGGAAAGUCCCCAGGUUCAUGACGUAACGGCCGGGAGAACGCUGCAAACCGCGCAUUGAUCCCGUCUCGUGUGAUCAGGUCCGGGCAUUAGGAGUUGGAGAAGUAGCGGAUUUAAAAACUUUCUGUCCGCAAGUCUUUUCGUCGAUAUAGCACUUCAUGAAGAGUCUCUGACUUCCAAAAGGGGAAAAUGGCUUUUUAAACCGCGACCGUCUUCAUCCUCACCGUAAAGCUUCGUGUGCUUUGCUUCUGCAACGCACUUCACAAGACUAUUCAGAAACUAUGGGGUCUUCCACUACUCUUUCAUCAACCCAGUGCACGGUUUGUGCUUUUGAACAAUUCGAUCGAAGCAGACGACACAAUGGCGGCAUUGAUCCUUCGCAGGAAAAUUCCUCCCAUUUCCACAGGCGAGCUCGGUGCUCCCCUUCUCCAACAGGCUAGCCACAGCCAAUCACGGCCCAGGACGGGGGCGGAGCCUGUGGAGAGGCAGCACUUAAUUGGUGAUGGUCACUCAGAUUGGAUGACGGAAAAAGUUGAUUUGUCUUCAUUUGUGUCGACGACCGAGUCUUCUCCAAGCUCUUCCCUUCCACCCUCGCCAUUAGAACAAGAUGUCAAGGUGCCCUCAGAUCUGGAGGUCAUGACCUCUCUACUGCAGGAGGAGCUGGCUCAGCUGGAGGACUACUUCCGCUCCGAGUCCACAUCCACGACAAGCAAGUUGGAGAAAUCCUCAAAAUGUGACAAGGGUGCUCAAGCCAUGGGCUCCCAGUCUUAUUAUCAGUUACCCUAUGGGUCGUAUGGGUCCAGCCAAUCAGAAACCAGCCCUGUGGUUGUUACCUUGGCAACAGGGGAAUUGGACCUGGCCAGCUUCUGUGGCGGUCCCAUUGGCAGAACCAAAAUCGCUCGACCUGCUCCGUACAACUACCAUCACCGCUACCACCACAACAAUGGGCGAAGAAUAAUCAGUGAGGCUGUGAAAGUCGGGGAGGAAGUUGGACUUGAUUCAUGGGGCUCCAGGGGAAGUUACUCAGGAAGCACAGAGUUGUCUGUGAACCACUACUCCACACUGAAGACAGUGAGCAAGAACAGCCUCGGCAGUGUCAAGAAGGUGAGAGAAUGUGCUUUAUCGUUGAAGGAAGAGGAGAGUUAUUGUUUUUCAGAAGGAAUGUUUUGCAGCGAAGAGAUUGCUCGAGGUUUUUGUCUGGGUGGCUCAUACGAGAGCCACCACAAGCGAGAGGGACAGUUGAUGCACAAUGUGAAGGUCAAUGUAAGUUACGACAGCACGGGGCUUGAUGUUUUGCACUGCAGCAAAGAUGGAGGACUUUCUGGAAGUAUUCCCCAAGAGACAAUGGUCGCCAGUGACGGCUACUUCCACCAGUCCAUGGCCAGCACAGAGCCUUACCAUAGCUUUAUAGGUGACCUAGAUCAGCCGUCACAAGCACAGGCUGUAGAGCCCCAACAUGGCCACUACCUCUAUCCAGAAUGCCUUGCAGACCAAAGCUAUGAAUGUCUGUCCAGAGGGGAGGGCGAGGGGCCACUGAUGGGUGCCCCCAUCCACCGCCCCACCCAGAGGCUAAAGGAUGAGCACUGCUCCAUCAAACCAUCUCUGGUGAUGGGCACCGCUUCUCUGGAUGCCAGCAGUGGAGAGAGGAAACAGAAGAAGAGAGAUCAGAACAAAACUGCUGCGCACAGGUACAGACUGCGUAAGAGGGCGGAGCUGGACUCUCUGGAGGAGGAGCUGCAUGGCCUCGAGGGGCAGAACCGGGAACUUCGUGACAAGGCGGAGUCAGUGGAACGAGAAAUCCAGUACGUGAAAGAUUUACUGAUCGAGGUCUACAAGGCUCGCAGUCAGCGGCUUAAACAGGAUGGCAGUGCCUAAAACGCCCACGCUGACCUCACCUCCAAAUCUCCCAACCAGCAGCAAGAGAAAAAUCAAGUCAAGAUCACCAACUGGUUUUUGUCUGACAAAAAUGAAAUGGUAGUUGCAUGAUUUUCGUAGUUCUUUUCUAAAAAAAAAUAUAAUUGUUCCAAGAGGAUGGCGAAACAAAAACACACCUUUCCUAAGAAAAAAAAAGAAAAGGAGAAGUUUCCAAAUGGGUGACUAAACUAUUAAAAGCCUUAGUGAGGUGGCUUCUAGAGGAGAUGCUGAACUUGUCCGUGACCACUGUGAUCCGAACUGCACUCACAGCCUUGUGAUGACUGAGUUUGCGCUUGCAACGACUGAUCGUUUACAAAAUGCUCUUUGAAUUAGUAGUAGUGAUUGAAUUUGCUUGUGGUUUUUGUGACACAUCGGCGGCAUCAAGGCAGAUCCAUACUAAAUAUAUAUUUUAUUUUAUAUUUUAUUUUUACUUAAUAAUGUUCAUUUAUCAUUUGCUUAAACAAUUAAGUGAAUAAAGGGAUUGCUGGAAAAAGUGUGUAACAUGCUCUACAAAUAUUCUUUAUCGGAAACGUUUCGAAUUUGUAUUGCUAAAAUGUUGAGUAUUUACACUUCUUUACCCCACUGAAAUACCCAAUGCAUGUUUGAUUUUGGAAAAGCAUGUGCGAGUGUUAUUUGAAGGCAAUAUUCUGUUAACUGCAUGGCUUCAAGAUCUCCACCACGUCAGUUUAACUGAGUUGACUUUACUCUUCUCAUCAGCUGGCGACUUUUCUCCCGAGUUUAUUUCCCUGCCAGUGUGAUUCAUGCUCAGGUUUUGGUUUUCAGCUCUGAGAAACGCAGAAACAUUCACUGGCUUUUUUCCUUUCUCUUCUCUCUAGGCUGUAUUUUGCGAACAAACAAUCACCUGUUGAUGCAACAAUAAAUUGUUGUUGGGUAAUCGUACAACUUCAUGGGAAUUUUGUUUUCAAUUGAUCAAUUUGAUGUAUCUGAAAUUCAGGUUCUUUUAAUAGUCAAUGUCAAUGUCAGGAAAUUAUACAUCAGGUAAAUUGCAGCCAAAUAAAAAUAAGUUACGUAGUAUCACUCAUCACUGCCUUUGGACUGUUUUUCCAUGCAUUCAUUCAUUCUGUUGUCAUUAAAAUGCCUUGCUACACCUGUCCAAAGUGCAUGAAUUGCACCCAGAACAGCACACACACUGAAUAAGAAGAGAUAUAGAGGUGUAGAACAAGCCCACUCUGCCCCUCCCAUCUUUUCUCUGCCCAGCCCCAUAACUGCUGGUUCCAGCCCUCGUUUUUGGCUGCAAUGCAGUUAAGAGUCCCAAGUUAUUUCCCAGGCUUCACCGCUGGACGGCAGCACAUCAAGACAAGCUUUGAAUGACACCUGACUAUUCUGCAACAAAACAACCUGCUUUCUUUAGAUUUAAGAGCUGGGGGUGAGUCAGCUUGUCCAAACAGCCACACGGUGAGAGAGAUAUGUUUGGAGAAAUAUUAAUAGGCACCCCUUAUGUUAUUUUUUCAAAUAUUUCAGAGCUUUGUUCCUGCACUAUGAUGGAUCUGCAGGGCUGAGUUGAGUGAUAUCAAGCUCCAGCAGUCAACAGACAACCUAAAUUGCCUAUCUCAUCUCCCAGCUCAUGGAGGGUGUGUGAAAGCAUGUACUGUGUGUGUGUGUGUGUGUGUGUGUGUGAGAGAGAGAGAGUGUGAAAUCUCUUGGUAUCUCUCCUAGCAGUCGUAGGCCUUUCAAGUGCAUGAGGCAAUAUCACACAAUACUUGCACAAGGAGGAGAGAGAUACAAGUGAACUAUCAGAAUAAAAAAGUACUGGGUUGACAGAGAAUGCCAUUAAAUCUGUUGAUUCAGUUUUCUUUCUGGUUGUUGAUUGUUUGAUACCGAUAAAAUGUCAAAACGGAUUGUACUGCUGAUAUGAAAUGUAUAAUCUGUUUUUGCAGUGUGUUAAAUAAAAUUCUUCACUACAUUAACCCAUUAA